GCCUCUGCUGCGCGGGAUUCAGCGCCCACCGCGCUCUGCGAACGCCCACAUCCCUUUCUGCUUGAUGUACGCCCGCCCACUUGCCCGUUUCCUCACACCUGACUGCCACUCUCCUCAUCCAUACUCACACUCUCUCCUCACAUCAGCCUCCAGAUCCCCCGCACGGCCUACGCGGCAUCGAAACACCCAGGACGUACCUUCAUUAUGCUUCUCGCUCUACCAAUACGCUUCUUCGCGCUCGCUGCCUUCAUCGUAAUCUCGACUUUGAAGUUGGCCAGCCAAGUCCAGGCGAACGAGCACUACCUCAUCGAGACUGAUCCAGCAGUAACGAAAUGCUACCACCAAGGCGCGGAUACCAAGAACGACUGCUCAAAGUCGUUUGAUAGACUGUGGGAUAUACGAUGGCGCGUGUGCAAUCACGUCGAGGCCUUUGGCUUCAACAAGGGCACUCCACACCAAGCAUGGGUCACCAAUCCGGAUUGCGAACAUCGCGGAGUCUUCUUCAGGUCGGAUGACGAGGGUCACUUGGAUGACUGCUUUGAUGGGACUGCCGUCACCAUCGAGCAAUGCCAAUUGAACGGCUGUCAGGCGAAGAACACUUGCUUUGCGAGUGGCGUGACUCACAUGCGCAAUCAAACAUUCCAGACCGUUCGCUGGCUCGAAGGCGAUGGCUCGCCAGUGCCGCGGCCACCUCCGUCUAAACGCGCACGAAGGUGCAAGCCAGAGAAGGAACAGUCCAACGCGCGUCGACAUUUGCAAAGAUCAAGGUCUGGCACGGUGCUACUAUCGCGGCGAGAUACAUCUGGCAUCAUAUCCUCGCACUUUGCUGAUGGAACUCAGAUUUAUUCGGUCAGACCGGGGCGCGAAUGAGGCUCAACCUCUUCGUCACGCAACGUCUCGAGCCAUUCGCGAUGACGCUUCCACUUUCAGUUCACGCCUUGAUAUACCGUCACCCUGUCG